UGUACAUAUUAAAAUAUUUGCUAUAACACUAAACUAAACAGCUACUGUUUUUCAUUACUUGAGCAUUAAUGAAAAAUGAAAUGCUAUUACUCUUGUCUAUUGACUUGCUUAAAGCCUCUUCGCCUUCAGUGAAUGGCUCUGUGGCAGUGUUGUCCUAGAUCUCUCUCAGCACAUUGUGUUUCUGGUGGUGUGCUGGAUAACGUGUUUCGUAGAGCUUGUGGGAUACAAAAUCUCUUAUACAGCAACUCCUGCAGUACUUAGCUUCAGGUUAGACAUUUGAAUCUGCGUCUUUCAGUAAGUUAAGACCAACCUCUAUAGUGGUGGUAAAAUACGUGACAGUGGUCUACCUGAACCUGGAUACAGCCUGGGGUAACACCAGCAGAAGAGGACGUGAAUCUCACUGGCAGAGAUGAAUGCAGUGAUCUUGUCCAGCUGCCCUUGUGUCCUUCUUCACAUCACAGUGCAAAUAUACUCAGACCCUCCUGCUCUGGCAUUAAUGAUCCACUGAUCGUAGUUUAGGAGAUACUGUGAAAUGUACAACAAUAGAUAAGCCCCAUUUGGUGCAAUUGUUUUGCACUUUUAAGACAUUUGCCAAAUAAGAAAAGGGAAAGAGUUUAUGGACGUCUGUGCUUAAUAACUUACUUAAAUUUCUGUUGCAAGAGCAAGGUAGUCUUCCCCAGGGGAAGGGAAGAGAGAAACUAUGUACUUAUGAACCUGUAAAAUGGACUAAAUUUAGCUUCACGACAUUUUAGGAACAUUUUUAUGCUUUAUCCCUUUUAUUGUUAAAAUAAAAAGUAUGUGGUCUCAGCCUGGCAAAUGUUCACUUGUAUGCCUAAAAUUGAAAUCAGAAGUAUUAAAUUGGACUAACAAUGUAUAUACAUGUUUACAGGUUUGGACCAGAGGUUUUUUCAGAGUUUUCUACUGUUUAGAGUUGAAAAGGAAGAUGAACUUGGUUUAAACAAAGAGAAGGUGCUGUUUAUUCCCCCUCCAUCCCAGCACAGUCUGUGCACUAUCGGAAAAUUGAAUUUUUGUGUUCUAGAAGCUGUAAAAGUGUUUCUACUAACACUAUGUCGAUCCAAUGCAUGCUAUGGCAGCUUCACAAGUGGAGUGUGAGUAACAGAAAAGUAGUACCUACUCUGUUAAUAAGCUGUCUGCUUCUUAAGAAAAAAGAAUCUGACCUUCCCCCCUUAAAAAAAAUAAAAAUUAACUCUUAAGAUUUGAAAUCAGUUUCUUUCAUAAUUUUUGUUUUCCUUAGAAUUGUAGUGGAACUCUUCUAAUUUCAAAAUACUUUUUUUAGCCAAAUUUCCUAAAGAAAUGAGGUCUAAGCAAUCUGUUUUGUCUUUGUCUAUCUCCUUGUCACCCUCUUCUUCCAGAACCAGUUGUUUCUUGAUGUCAGCCAAAAUAGAUGAGAAACAAAUCUUGAAGAGAAAUGUGUUUCCACAAUCUUUGUGAAAACUGUCUUUGAAUCAGAGGUUCAUUAGGGUGCCAGAGCUAGUGUUUGGGUCAGCCAUGGACUGUGGUGUUUGCUGGCAGCUGUGCGAAGCAGAUUGAGGGAAAUAGUGGGAGCAUCUACCAACUGGAGGGAUCAUGUGCAAGCAAUGCAAGAAAGAAAAGCUCUUCAUACUUUACUGGCAAAACAGCAGGAAGAUCUCCCUCCUAGGAGGAUGAAGGAUAGCUACUUGGAAGUUAUUCUACCUCUAGGAAGUCAACCUGAAAUAAGAGAAAAGUACCUGAAUGUACACAACAGUGUAAGGUUUGGAAGGAUACUUGAAGAUCUUGACAGUUUAGGAGUUCUUAUUUGCUACACUCACACCAAGCAGGAAAUGCAGCCAAAGUCUCCUUUAUCAAUAGUUACAGCUCUGGUGGAUAAAAUCAAUUUGUGCAAGAGGAUUAUAUAUCCAGAUUGUGACAUCAAAUUCAUAGGCAAUGUUUCUUGGGUUGGGAAGACCUCAAUGGAAGUGAAGAUGCACAUGCUGCAGCUACAUGAUGGUGAUUACAGCCCUGUGUUAGAUGCAACCUUUGUCAUGGUAGCCCGGGAUCCAGAGAAUAAAGGGCCAGCAUUUGUUAAUCCACUAGUUCCUGAGAGCCCUGAGGAAGAAAAAAUCUUCAAUCAAGGGGAAUUGAACAAACUGAAGAGGAUUGAUUUCAGCACCGCUUCCUUACUGAAAAUGGCGCCCACUGCAGAAGAAAGAAACAUUAUUCAUGACAUAUUCCUUAAUACGUUGGACACAAGGACAGUAAGUUUCCGGAGUCGUAAAUUACCACCCAAUUCAGUGUGGAUGGAAGAUACAAAGCUAAAAGGGCUACAGAUUUGCCAUCCUCAGGAACGAAACAUCUUCAAUAGGAUCUUUGGAGGUUUUCUCAUGAGAAAGGCGUUUGAACUUGGAUGGGCAAUUGCUUGCAGCUAUGGGGGUUCCAGACCUUUUAUUGUAUCUGUUGAUGACAUCAUGUUUCAGAGGCCAGUUGAGGUUGGAUCCUUGUUACUGCUUUCUGGACAGGUCUGUUACACAGAAAAAAACUACAUCCAGGUUCGAGUACACACUGAGGUUUAUGAUGCAGACACCAGGGAUCACCACACAACCAAUAUCUUCCAUUUUACAUUUAUAUCAGAAAAUGAGGUUCCACGAGUUGUCCCCAAAACAUAUGGAGAGUCCAUGUUGUAUUUAGAUGGGAAGCGACACUUUGCUGCUGUGAUGAAAGAAAUCUGACAGGCACUGGAUCAGCAGAAUAGCAGCAUGCUGUCUUGGAAAGAAUUGUCACCAGAGAUGGCUAACAGACAGGUGCAAAAAAUAAAACCAAAUCCCCUCCAAACCAAAAACCACAAACCUGAACCCCACAACAGAAAACACCUUUUAAAUGCUAUUUAUAUAUUUGCAUAUAUUUGGAUUUUUUUAUUCUUUGCUACUAGGAUUUGUUGAAAUCUAUUUUCACAUGCUAAUGCUAGGAAAAAAGCCUGAAAAAAUACAGUACUAAGCUUCAGGUAGCUUCUUUUUGUCUGCUUUGAGUAAUUGCAUUAUGACCUUUGCUAUCUUGUCACCAUCUGCCUUCUUUCUCUUAGUAGCUCUCCUUUGUGCUUCCCUGAUAAGGGAUAGAAGUUUUAUCAGAAAAAAGUGUGCAAUAGGUAGAUACACACAGAUAAAGCCAUUUGACCUACAUUCUUGUGUAAAUUAGGUUUAUUUUUUUGCAUUGGGCAGCAAGCAUAAGCUCAGAAGUUCCUAGUGUGUGCUCAGUGUAAAGCAGGUGCUUUCCAUUAGCUGGGAUUUUACAAGGCUGUACAGCUCCUGUUUUGGAUGUUUUCAUGGUUCCCUUGGGAGAAAAAUGGAUUUUGUGAUGGAAUGAGGUGACCAUAUGGCCUCUUUGGCAUUCUGUCUGUGUACAGCUAGCCCUUGCCAGCCUCUUCUAACUUUUUUUGUUGUAUAUAACUGUAAGUUCCUUAUGAAUUAUUUCUCAUGGUCUGUAGAGAUGUGCUUGGUGAGGUUGGGUGGGACUGGGAAACAGCACUGUAGGGUAGAUUGUUUUGGUUUGUUAGGGAUUGGGAGCAGAAAAAGUAAAAUGCUGCUCAAAUGGCAAUGGUUAUGUUUAAUGCUGGCAUUAGGGGUCUGGCAAAUCUGCACUGAGCAGCUCCCAAGUCAGCUGCUGAAUGGAGAGAGGAUUUUUAUCCCACUGAGGAUGGAGCUAGAGGAAAGCCCCCUUGGCUGGAUUAUUUUCUGGUUCCUUUGUAGACUGUAAUGAAAUAUGAGUAUUGCACAGCUUUAAAAAUUGUCAAGUUUAUCUGUGAAGCGCAGAGUAAUUCUCCGUCACAGAAGGGACACCGUGGGGACAUAACUAUGGUAUCUAAGUAACAGGGAGAAAGUACUUGGCACCAAAGUGUUUCUGAUGUGGUGGAGAAAGUUUAAAUAAUCUCCAAU